AUGAAUAAACUAAGAAUUUAAUAAAUAAUGAAUUAAUAAGGUUUGAUUAAAAGAUAUUUGAGUUGUAAAGGUAAUUUGAUAAUUUCAAUGAAUUGAAUAUAUAAAAUUAAAAUCCUUGUGAAAUAAUUAGUAUUUAAAUAAAAUUAUUGGAAGAAUUUUAGAAAAAAUUAAAGGAAGUAAUAAAUAAUGAAAUAGAAAAAUUAGAUUAAUUUAAGUUGAUUAUUGAAAAAAAAGCAGCAGAACAGAAAAGUGAGUAAGAAAAAGAAAUUUUAUAUUUAAAUCAUUAAUUAUAAAACAGAUAUAGAAUAUUCUAAAAAGUUUUAUUAUCAAUUAAUUUUCAAUUUGAAAAUUUGGAAUUUUAUUAAAACUUGAGUGCAAAGUAUAAUUAACUUCUAGAAUAAUUGCAAUAAGAAAUAAAGAUCUUGUAAGAAUAUUUAAGCGUGUAACAUGAAAAUUAGAGGUUAUUUGAAGUAAAUUUAAAAGAUAACUAAACACAAGGAGGGUAAAAUAAAUAAAUAAUAGAAAAUUUACUCAAGAGAUUAUAAUAAAUAAAUCUAUAAAAAGGUAUAAGGCUAGAGAAUAUAUUUCAUAGUGUUUCUAAAAAAACAAUCGAUCUAGAUUUUAACUUGUUGGAUGAAAAUUUAAUUAAGAAUUAUCAAUAGUUAAAAAAGCGGGAAGAAGAUUUAUCAAUUAUAUUCAAUACGAUAAAUGAAAAGAUAUCUAAUAAAUAAUUAAACCCUGAAUAAUUAUAAGAAUUAAAAAAAACAAUUCUUGAGUUAUGUUCUGAAUUAGAUUAAUUAAUGAUAUAAAUUCCUUUGAAUGAUGAAAUAUAAAAGUUCAACAAAGUUUAUUAGUAAAAUGUGGAAUCGUAUGAAAUAUUGUAUGCUUUAUUUAAUUAUAUAAAAUAAUAUCACCUAACAAGAUAUUAUGAAAGAAUUAAAGAAAAUGCAAAUUAAUAAAAAAAGAUUUAAUAGAAUUAAAAUUAAAACGAUUAUAAAACCCUUUUCUAAUCUAAAUUACAUGUAGAUUUGGAAGAAAACACAAAAAAAGAAAAGGAAUCUUAAGAUAUAUUAUAAAGAUAUGAAAAUAUUUUAUUUAAAAGUUACAAUAAGAUGACAAUAGAAGCAAUGGAAAAAGAUAAAGAAUAAAUAGAGAAACAGAUUUAAUUUAUAGAAAAUCAAAUUAAAUAAAAAGACUUAGUUAA